UUAAAUAGUUAUUUCUUAUCACACCAACUCAAAUUUAUAAUAAAAAUGAUAGAAAGUCAUUAUCUGUUUCAAAUUUGAUCAUUCAAAUAAUAAUAAAUUCAACUCAAACCAUCAAAUUAAUCUGAUUUGAUGGUCAAAUAUGAUGCUUUCAUAGAUACAUCGUACGGUGUCCAGUAGCAUUGGAAGCUUGGUCUGUUAUUGGUUGGCAACAGCUCCGUCAACUGGCGAAUAGUUUUGAAGAAUGGCUGCAACCGGUUAUUUCAGUCUAGGGGGGAGUUGCAGAGUGUUGUUUGGUGGUGUCGGGGGCUAUGGAUGGAGCGGAAUCAGAGGGUUUGCCAGAAGGCAUCACAACGGCCUGCUCAAUUUAUGUAUAGAGCGAGGGCGUUUGUUACAGCUGGGUUCAAGCUCAAAAUCAAAGAGGAUGCACAGAGAGCACGAUGCAGAGAGGAGUUUUACACUGGAGGCGUCCGACCCGUGGAUGGACGAAGUUUAAUAUUGAUGCUUCUACAGGAGGCAGGUGCUACGGGCUGGGCUGCGCUGGGUUCUCAGGGACGACUCAGGAGAAUUUCUGGUCGGAGGAGCAAAGCUUUGGGAGAGUCGGGGUUCUUCCUUAGAGGCCAUACUGUGGGUAUACGUGAAGCGCUGAAUUGGUUAAAAGAAAAUAAUUGGGACUUCGUGGAAAUUGAAUCAGAUGCAACAUUAGGCCAUUAGCUAUCUCAGAAAUCCUGAAUGGUUCGAGCUAGGGGUGCAAACGAGCCGAGCCGAGCCCGAUUUUCUACAGGCUCGAGCUCGAGCUCGAAAUAUAUAGCAUCGGCUCGAGCUCGGGCUCGGCUCGAACGAGCCUACAAAAUCGCGGCUCGAACUCGACUCGCAGAAGGCUCGGUUCGACUCGGCUCGGCUCGAGGCUCGAUAACCAUUAUGAUGCUCCAUAAUGAGUCCGUAGUAAAAAUUCACUGUCAUCGGCCCAUUCUAAAUUUUUCUACUGAGUAGUAACGACCUAAGCCUAAAAUAUUAUAAAAUUUUACUAAUCAGCAUAUAUUAUAUACUCCCUCCGUCCCAUUUUAAAUGUCCCGUUUUACCAUAUUGGGAUGUCCCUAUUUAAUUGUCUCAUACCUU